AUGAUCGUAUCGGAAAUGCUGCCAGAGCUGCUGUUUUCGGUUGGAGGUGGUAUGCAAGACUUCUCGAAGGAUGAUCUAGGACUGCUCGGAUCGAGUGGUGUCAGUAAUGAGAAAGACCCUCUCGGCCAUUCGCAUACACAUCAGGAUCACCACACGGUGCACCAGAGUCAUCUGAGCUCAACCGGCAGCGGGAACUCGGUCGGGCUUGUAGUGGAUGAGAUUAAGCUAACACACAUACCGGACCUUCUGGAAUCGGGUGAUGGUAACAAGUUGGAGGAGACGGACCGUGAUUUAUAUCCCUGGCAUACGGGAGCUAACAUUGGGAGUAGAUUUUUACGCAGUUCAGAUGAUCCGUUGAUCUCCGGUGGUACCAACGAUAAUCCGCACGAUAAUGAGCUUAGUGUGCCGUCGGUCAGCCAGUCUAUGUGUCCAUCGCCAACCACGCCACCGCCAAAACAUCGCCAUCCGAGCGCCAUACUGUCACCGGACCUACCGGAAACGACCCUCUCGCCGUUGCCAACGCCACCGAGGGCUGGCACAACCACUCAGCACGCAAAGGAGCCGACCCAGAAGCGCACCAACGCUGCUCCUAGGGCGCGCCGAAAGGGACCGCUUAAGCUGCGGUUUCACCACCAGGCACUGCCCCAGGAAUAUCUCGACCACUAUGAGGCAACGCAGAACAAUCUGCAUAAGAAGGAUCUUGCGUCAAAUCAAGCGAAGUCAUCGCGCCAACAGGCGAAACCAAACCACCAAUCGGUACCCGCAUCACGGAAGGUAAUGAUGGAACGGCAGGCUGCAUUGGAGCGCGAGGAACGAACAAACGAGUCGGUCCGCAGCUGGCUGCAGAAGAUACUCGAGCUGCAGAAGGAAGGUGUGUCAAUGGCACCGCUCAAGGACGAGGUAGUGCAACCGUCGCAGACAUCGCCGUGCAGUGUGGCGAGCGAAAGCAGCGCUAGCAAUCAAAACGGUGUCCAGCAGAAACGGAUCGUAAGCUACACCGAUCUGCCGUACAUGGGCGAAAUAACGCUGGAGAACUCGAAACCGCGACGCGGAAGAAAACCAAAAAAGGCCGAUAUAUGUCAUUUAAUCUACAAGAACUACGGCACCAUUCUCCCGGGCACUCCUAGCCGAGAGCUCGGUUUGGAGAAAGGCACGCUAGCGAAAGGAUGUUCCAAGUCUGUCGCCAGCCUCCUCGAGCGACGUCUAACGUCGUCCGACGAGAGGAAGCAACUGUUUGCAGGCGACAAGAAAUCAACCGAACCAACGGAACACUCCAUCGGCAAAGGGCGUCGGAAAGAGGAACCGUUAAAUUUGUGCGUACGUGAUUCGGGUGGAAAUGUGUUGCCGGCGGGCGGUGAAACGUUCAGCGUUUCCAGCUCCGAAGAGGACGCGGACGAAGUGUUUGCGUCCUCGUGUCCAACACCGAUCAUAACACCUUCGGAUAUUUGUACCGAUCAAGCGCUGGCUGCCAACAUGAAGCUCUCACUGCCAACUUUGCAAUCAUCCUCCGGGAGUACUACGGAGACUCCUUCGACUGCCGAAACUCCACCCGGUUACAUGUAUUGGUCGUCUGGUACGAAUGGUCUUUUCGCACAUCCAAUGUCGAUUUACAACUCAGCACCGGUGCCUGCUGCCGAAGGCCACGUUAAGCACCUAGAAGACCAGCUAGGGAAAGAUACCCGCCCGGUAGCUUCAUCUCCCAACGCAUCAACUCCUCCGAUCUCUCCGAAUACUGCGAAAAGUGGUCAGCAGCAUCCAUUGCUUGUUCCGAAGCCCAUAUCGCAGCUAAUAAAGCACGAUAAGCAAUCGCCACCCAACACCGGUGCUGGACAGCGAUCUCCCCCGGCACAGAAACGUAAACGAUCCGCCAUUUUUAUACCACCGGUACCGGCGGAGAACAGUCCGAAUCCGGCGACGGAGGUUAGCAUCUGUAAGUUUAAGUUCACCGGAGGAGCCAAACCGUGUCUGCAGGAGAAGAAGAUACUGAGCGUCGACUCGGGUGGCAACUUCCGGUACUACUCUGGCACGGGUGAUAAGUCGAUGCGCGGUUAUGAGUUCUUUCCGAGAGAAAGUCUUCAGCAGAGCAGCAUCAAUGCGACCAGCACCACUGGGGCUUUCCUGAAUGCGUCCGGUGAACGAAUAGCCUGCGAUCUUCCGCCUCCCUCGUUGGGACUGAGUAACGAUCUGCUGCAAAUACCCGAGUUUCCUACAUCACCCCAACCGUGUGGAUCACUGCCAGGGGAUCCAUCAUCUCCGGUGCCGUGCGGUGGAAACACACAGUGCCGGGUGAAUGCGGCAAACAGUGCAUCCGAGCGAAGGCGUCGGAAAACUCGUCGUGCCACGCAACGGGAGUCGCUUGAGAAAACGUUCAAAGAGAAGGGAUUCCUCAUCCAGACCCAGCAGCUACAAUCGGCCGAAGGUGCGACCUACUGUAAAUUCAGACAAUUACGCAAAUUUACCCGCUAUCUUUUCCGAAGCUGGAAAGACUAUUUGCCAGGAGAGCUGCAGCAGGAACAGCAGGCACAUCCGCUACAGGAAGGAGAUCUGUCUACCAUGACACUGCCAACAACGGUCGUAGCUUCUGCCCGAGAGGUACCGCAAGAGGAUCACACCAUCGACGAGGAAUCGUUAUUAGCAUCUUCGACCAGUAGCACGCGAAUGGACACGGUCGAUGUGUGUGAGCACCGAAACUCUCCGGACAGGGCAGUGCCAUCGGCAGCCUACCAUCGCCUAGGACGCAAAGAUUCUCCAGCGAGCGUUACAUCGCAGCACGUCCAUUCCGAAACGUUGGUGAUCGAUACCGCGUACCGUCGGCAUGGAAGUUCCUCGCCCUUGGUCAGCUACGCUCAAGCGGAGGAAGCAAGAAAUGUCCUGCCUUAG